AGCCAUCUUUUGGAGGGGGGGUCCUGUAAGGGAUCAGCCUGUGUCACUGCCCACCAGCAGAGGGUGACAGCAUCACACCUUUCUAGAGGGUUGACCGAUGCGGUACUCAGCUUUAUUGUCUGAAAGAGAAGAAAAGAGGACUAAAAAGAGAAAGAGUGUUUAAACAAGAAACAGCUCCGAGCUAAACAAAAAGAGAAGAAGAGCCACAAAAACUGUCCUAAUAUAUAAAGAACAAAAGGAAAAAUAAUAAUGAUUGUCCUCUAAUAACUAGAGAGGAAGUGUCUUUGUUUUCUGAUUAUUUUUUAUUUUUACUUUGAAAUUUGCCUUUGUUUGUUAGAGGAUGCCAUUUCAGUGUUGCUUUUGUUUGGCUGUUCCUGACAAUGCUUUAGGCCAUCAUCACAUCCACAGGUCAAUCCCAGCACAUAGUGACCUCAUACCAAACAUGCACAAUCACUGUAUGCAAAGCUCGCCCACACCCUUCAUUAUUAGUUAUAUCAUUUAUAUUCUGAGAAUCUGUUUACAGUAACCAUAUUAACAAUAUUCAACAAACUAUACAUGAAUGUUUCUGAAACAAAACAGGUUUUAUUGUAAUAAAAACAGUGAUCCCAAAUGUUUGAACAGUUAUUACAAUUUUUCUUUUUUUACAUGACCUCUGUUCUAACUGGCACUGUGUGAUGCCUCAUUCAAAAAAACAGCAGUCCAAGCCAAAAUGUACGAAACACACAAUUCAGGCAAUACAAUAAUAGCUUUUUUCCCCCAAAAUCUUCUGCUCCAGUAAGCCUUUUAUUCUCGCGUGUGAUGUCACACUGUAUAGUCGCCACCAUUUUGAGGACUGAACCAGGGAGUGACUGCACUAGCGUGAUGCCUUCAAUUUGCUGUGCAGCGAAGCCAGAAUUUCAGUCCCAAAUAUGGCAGACACAACAGGAAAAUCACAUGACUGAAACCCUAGGAUAGACUGCCUGCAAUAGCAACACUCCUUAUCACUUCAACAUGAAUGGCUGGCUAAACUAUAAUGUGGUCAUAUGUUCAUGGUUGUGAUGUUAGAAUAACCAUGACGCAUAGUUUUGCAACUUUGUUUCCAGGUAUGGACCAUAUGGACUGAGAGUAAGCGGUGCAUUCUGAAACAAUGUUUGCACAAAUCCUUUUCCUUUCAAAAAGCAAGGAAAAUUAGUUUUUACAUGAUGUGGGACCUUCAGAAUAUCUGGCUGGCACUAAUGGUAUCUUUUCUGUCCCUGUAGCUCUCACUCAGCUGAAGAUUCCUGGAACAGGAGCGUGAGGGAGACUUAGUCAUACUAAUCAUGGACACACACACACGCGAACACACAGAUCAGGUGGUUUGGGCAGAACAGCAGGUUGCCAAGCGGAGGAGGAAGAGAGAUAUUUACAGUGAGCCCACAGAUCCAAAGUUCCCCCAGCAGUGGUACCUGUACAACCUCAACCGACGGGACCUGCAUGUAAAAGAGGCUUGGGCCCAAGGCUUCACUGGGAGGGGAGUGGUCAUCACCAUCCUGGAUGACGGGAUUGAGAAAGACCACCCUGAUCUUGCACAGAAUUACGAUCCGGAUGCAAGUUAUGAUGUGAAUGACAGAGAUCCAGACCCACAGCCCAGAUACACACAGCUGAAUGACAACAGACAUGGGACUCGCUGUGCUGGAGAGGUGGCCGCUGCAGCAAACAAUGGCGUCUGUGGAGUUGGUGUGGCUUACAAUGCCAGAAUUGGAGGUGUGCGUAUGCUGGAUGGCGAGGUAACAGAUGUGGUGGAGGCUCAGUCUUUAAGCCUCAACUCGCAGCACAUUCACAUCUACAGUGCCAGCUGGGGUCCGGAGGAUGAUGGGAAGACAGUGGACGGCCCUGCCAAGCUUGCCAAGGAAGCUUUUCUGCAAGGGGUCACAGAGGGUCGAGGCGGCCUUGGAUCUAUCUUUGUGUGGGCGUCUGGUAAUGGUGGCCGGGAGAAGGACAGCUGUAAUUGUGAUGGCUAUACCAACAGCAUCUACACACUGUCCAUUAGCAGCACUACUCAGUAUGGCAACGUGCCGUGGUACAGUGAGGCCUGUUCUUCUACACUCGCUACAACAUACAGCAGCGGAAACCUCAAUGAGAAACAGAUUGUGACAACAGAUCUAAGGAAAAAGUGUACAGACUCGCACACCGGCACAUCUGCCUCGGCCCCCCUGGCUGCCGGCAUCAUUGCUCUUGCCCUGGAAGCCAAUAUGAAUCUGACCUGGAGGGACAUGCAGCACCUGGUGGUUAGAACCGCACAUCCCGCCCAUCUCAUCACAAACGACUGGAGGACCAAUGGCGUGGGACGCUUAGUGAGCCACUCCUAUGGCUAUGGUCUGCUGGAUGCGAGUGCGAUGGUGGCGCUGGCCCGGAACUGGAGCAGCGUGGGGCUGCAGCACAAAUGUGUUAUCGACAUGCUGACGGAGCCCAGGGAAGUGAGGAAUCACCUGUUGUUCAGUAAGAGUGUGGAAGCAUGUUCAGGACAGCCGGAUUUUGUGAGUUCUCUGGAGCAUGUGCAGGCCAGACUCACUCUGUCCUACAGCCACAGAGGAAACUUGGCCAUCCACCUCAUCAGCCCACUGGGGACCCGCUCCACACUGCUGGCACCAAGGCCACAGGACAACUCUGCAGAGGGUUUCAAUGACUGGGCAUUCAUGACCACACAUGCAUGGGACGAGGACCCUCGAGGAGAGUGGACCCUGGAAAUAGAGAACGUGGCCGGGCUUAAUGACUAUGGUGUUCUUUCUCAGUUCACACUCAUCCUAUAUGGAACAGGCUCCAGCUCUGCAGACCUGUCUGCCUCUGACUUCAGUAGGCCGUCCAACAACAGUUGCAAAACCUUUGAUGCUCAACAGAUCUGCAUUGAGUGCAGCACUGGAUCUUCACUCUUUUUGCAGGGCUGUGUGAAAACGUGUCCUCCGGGCUUCACGUCGGGUCUGCAGCUGCUCAAUCUGUCGCUGGAGAACUGGGUGGAGCAGUCAUCCGUUCAGGCCUGCCUGCCCUGCCACCCGGCCUGCCUCACCUGCUCCGGCCCAGGGGAGGCAGAAUGUCUGUCCUGUCCCUCUCACAGCCACCUGGUGGCCACAUCCUGCCUGCGUCAGAACCAGGUGCAGCGCAAGUCUCCCGUCGGACCCACGCAAAAUGUCCAAAGAGGGGAUGGGUCAGACUCAGAUCCAGACUUGGACUCAGAUGGGCCCUCACCCCAAAAAGGACUGUCCUCGCAUUUGCCUGUGCUGGUGGCAGUGCUCAGCUGUGCCUUCAUCCUGGCCACGUUCGCGGCUGUUUUCGUGCUGCUGCAGCUGCACUCUGGUGCGGCCAGCGCCCCCUUCUACCGGAGGACCAAACUGCCCGUCACAGACUCCAGCGGCCGAGGCAUGCGAGUGGCCUUCGGUUUUGGCUUGAACCGCGACUGGACAAGCAGUAGAGUGUCCUACCGCGGGAUCCCCACCGUGUGGGGGGAUGAGGACACUGCAGGUGGAAUGAAUUCAGAAUCGGACAGUGAGGAACUGGACUGCCAUAGCGAGAAGACUGCUUUUAUACGGACACAAAGCGCCCUCUAGCACCACCUACCUUUUCACACUUCUCCGUCUUCCUCUGGCAGGGCGAGCAAGCUGGUCUAGUCAGUUCUUUCUCUCUGCCGUCCUGCCAUGUCCUGGACUGCUCUGAGAAGAGCUGAGAAGUAAAGGCACGCAGCCGUGUGCCUGUUCAUAAGCUGUAGAGUAAGAUAUUCAGGUGAGGCAGCUGUUCAGCAGAGACACAGAUGUUUGACUUGAAUCUCUGAUGAAUCUCAGCGGGACAGGCCGGCGGUGCAGUGUUGAAAUUUCCCUUUAUUUUCACUUUAAAUUCUCUUAGAGGUUUGAGUCAUGAGGUUUAAACAGCGAAAAAAGGAUCAGCGUGCGUGUGUAUGAAUGCUGAUGUUUCCUUUAGAGCUAAAAAGGGCUGAAUUUACUCCAGUCCAUCUUUUACCAUCAGUGUACUGGACUGGAUUUAUGCACAACACUUGGAAGAGUGAGGUGGCCAUUGCAGUAAGUCCAUACAUUUGCAUUGUUUUAUUAGCAGCCACUGAAGCAUUAUAUACCUAGAGCUAAUAACCAGUAACUGGUCUCAGAGUCUCUGCCUCGUUCGCUGCCUGUCUGUGCUGGUCUUGCUACAUUACUAUACUUGUGGCAGUUAUAGCCAGUUAUAGGAGUUCUCAGUAAUAGACAGCACAUUAUUUCAGAAGAUUGCCUUGUUCAGUGUCAAAACAAUGGAGGCGGUCUGCAGAAGGCCUUACAUAUGACUUCAGAA